GGUGUCAAGAGUACUGGUACAUCUUUCCGAUUGACAAAAUGUUCCCCGUAAAACGUGCGUACGGACUCGCCAGUUUGGUCGCACCGGAGGUGCUGCGUGCCGACAUCGCCUGGCCAGCCUUCUGCCAAACAUCAUUGGCAGCCUGGCCGAUCCUGGCGAGACCGCCGAUCGGCUAUAAGAUCACGCCGCAUCAUGAAAAGCCACCGUACUCCUACAUCGCCCUGAUAGCGAUGGCGAUCAACUCGUCGCCGAAGCGACGGUUGACGCUCGCCGGGAUCUACAAGUUUAUCAUGGACAGGUUUCCCUACUACAGGGAGAACCGGCAGGGCUGGCAGAACAGCAUACGGCACAACCUCAGCCUGAACGACUGCUUCGUGAAGGUACCGCGAGACCGAACGAGCACGGACGAGGAUCACACAGCCGGAAAGGGAAGUUACUGGACCCUGGACCCGUCCGCCAACGAGAUGUUCGAGCAUGGCAAUUACAGACGCAGGAGAUCGAGACGACAGAGGAUACCCGCUCAUGAUGGACGACCGAAAGGAUUAUCGGUAUCAACCGAAUUCUUAUCCAAUUCGACGAAACAUCAAGAGGAACAACGAGAGAUCAUUGAAACAAAUGAAGAAAACGUCAUGACGAAAGAUACCGAAACCGAACGUAUACAUUCUUCAGGACGUAUCACCAAAAUGACGAUGUUCAGCAUCGACAACAUCCUACAGAAGUCCACGCGAGAGUCGCAAAUAUAGCUUCAUUUUUAUAUACUUUUACAAAUAGUUUCUAUAAUAUGACAUCAA